AUGCCCAGCAACCAGCCACCUGUAACUGCAAUGCCCAACAACCAGCCACCAGUAACUGCAGUGCCCAGCAACCAGCCAUCCACAUCUGCAAUGCUCAACAACCAACCACUAGUAACUGCAAUGCCCAACAACGAGCCACCAGUAACUGCAAUGCCCAACAACCAGCCACCCGUAACUGCAAUGCCCAGCAACCAGCCACCAGUAACUGCAAUGCCCAACAACCAGCCACCAGUAACUGCAAUGCCUAGCAACCAGCCACCAGUAACUGCAAUGCCCAACAACCAGCCACCAGUAACUGCAAUGCCCAGCAACCAGCCACCAGUAACUGCAAUGCCCAACAACCAGCCACCCGUAACUGCAAUGCCCAGCAACCAGCCACCAGUAACUGCAAUGCCCAACAACCAGCCACCAGUAACUGCAAUGCCUAGCAACCAGCCACCAGUAACUGCAAUGCCCAACAACCAGCCACCAGUAACUGCAAUGCCCAACAACCAGCCACCAGUAACUGCAAUGCCUAGCAACCAGCCACCAGUAACUUCAAUGCCCAACAACCAGCCACCAGUAACUGCAAUGCCCAGCAACCAGCCACCAGUAACUGCAAUGCCCAACAACCAGCCACCAGUAACUGCAAUGCCCAGCAACCAGCCACCAGUAGCUGCAAUGCCCAACAACCAGCCACCAGUAACUGCAAUGCCCAACAACCAGCCACCAGUAACUGCAGUGCCCAGCAACCAGUCACCAGUAACUGCAGUGCCCAACAACGAGCCACCAGUAACUGCAAUGCCCAACAACCAGCCAUCCGUAACUGCAAUGCUCAGCAACCAGUAA